AUGAUAAUAUCUUACAGUCUGUGGAUCGGACUAAUCGGAGUAUCACUACUAGUGAUUCACUAGUAUCAGACAGCCAGUCGUCCAGAGUUCCAGUUAAAAAGACAAUAUUAUUUGAUAUUAAUCUGACUGUCAAAGCAAUUAGCAAAGCCCGAAAGCCGGCGUCCGCCGCCCCGGCUGCAAACACUUUGCGUUUGAAGCAUGAUCCUAUAUUUCCGGCAGUCAACAUUUCGAUCUUCAGCAGCCGCCGGCUAGAGCCCAUGCCCCCAGAUAUCGGUGGUUGUCAUUAGAUUAAAAAAAUAAUAAUAGGGAUGUUUGCUUUCAGUGUUCGGAUGUUUCAAAUCUAAACCAUGAUCAUUCAAAACCAGCAUCUAGUGUCUCCCUAAAACGAAGAUUAUAAUAAACUUAUCAAUUUCUGUCCUAUACUACUUUAAAAGAGUAACUGGAAAGACAAGUCAGUAAAAUUAUUUAUAUUUUACUUCAUUGAAUCAUGGAACUUAAUGAUGAAAAUGAACCAUGCACUGUAAACAUACCUAAUGAAAAAAUCCUAGAUCAGAAACUAAAUUCUGAUGAUUCAGAUGAUUCUGGUGUCACUGUAAAAAAAAUUGAAAAAAAAGAUGUUAAUGUUGACGAUGAAGAAGAUGAUGUUGACAUCGAUGAAGACUUGACCGUGACACAGACGGGGAAUAUGUGUAUAUUGGCAGAAAAUUCGUUGUGUGAUAAAGGAGAAGAUGAAUGGUUAAUUGAUGAAGAUAGUGAUCACUCUCUUGAAUUUGAUUUAAGUUUAUCAACUUCUAAAGAAUAUAAGGAGGAUAAAAAUACUAAUUCAAAAUCACCAAAGUUCACCUCUGGCUCUAAAAUAAACGAACCAAUUCCCAAUGUUAAAGAAACUAAAGAAGAAUCAGAUGUCCAGAAAGUAUCUCCAGAAAUGAUUAGACAUCUACAAAAAUACACUAACUUAACUUUAAAUGAAAUAUAUCGCCCACCACAUUCAAUCAUACUUGGUCCAACACCUUCAACAAACUUACCUGGUCCAUCAAGUUCAACCAGCAUACCUGGUCCAUCUGGUUCAAUCAACUUACCUGGUCCAUCAUCUUCAAUAAACUUACCUGGUCCAUCGAGUUCAAACAGCAUACCUGAUCCAUCUGGUUCAAUCAACUUACCUGGUCCAUCAUCUUCAAUAAACUUACCUGGUCCAUCGAGUUCAACCAGCAUACCUGGUCCAUCAUGUUCAACCAACCUAUCUGGUUCAAUCAACUUACCUGGUCCAACAUCUUCAAUAAACUUACCUGGUCCAUCGAGUUCAACCAGCAUAGCUGGUCCAUCUGGUUCAAUCAACUUACCUGGUCCAUCUAGUUCAACAAGCAUACCUGGUCCAUCGUGUUCAACCGGCUUCUCUGGUUCACCUUGUGGUUUUUCUUCACGUCAAUUUCCUAGUUUACUUGAUGAUGAAGAUUUAGAUGAUAUUAAUUUGAGUAAAAAACAACAAGUACUACUUAUAAGUAGUUUUUACAAUAAAAUGUUUAUGAACGAUUGUGGUAAACAAGAAAAUAGUGAACUAAAUCAAGAUAUUGAAAUAUCAAAUUUAGAAGAUUGUGAUUAUGUUAAACAUUAUAUAUCAGAGUACACAAAUUUAAAAAUUUCUGAUGAAGAACCAGAAACCGAAAAUACUGAAUAUUUUGUAGAAGACCCAGAUAUUGUUAACCCCGAUAUAAUGUACAAUAUUGAUCUUAAUGAAUAUUAUAAUGAGUUGGAUCUUUUAGCUUUAAAAGUUUUAAAAACACCUGAUGAUCCAACAGGAUUGGUUGAAUACAAUCAAUUGCCUCCUAUUCCUCAAAUUGAACAGACACGUCGAAAAUUUACUCGAAGCGAACGUUUUAGAUUUGCAAAUGGUAUUAUGGAAAACGAGUACCAAAUUGAUCGUGAUGACUGGAAUAAAAUAAUGGUAAAACGAUCUGUAGUAUUCACAGCUCAUGCUGGAUUUAGUAUAGCAAACGAAGAGAGCUUAUAUGUUUUAGCAGAUGUAGCUAUUGAUUACGUAAAAAAAUUGGCUCUUAUUAUGAAAAAACAUUUUGAUAUUCAAGCAAAUAGCCCAUAUCCAGAUAGUGUUGAUCCAAUUGAUAAUAGUCUUCAAGAGAUUGGUGUAAAAGGUGGUAUAAGAGAACUGAUUGAACAUUAUGAAAAUGAUGUUUUUGGUAGACGUAACAAGCUUUUAAAGAAAUGUCAACAUUUGAAAAAGGUUAUUGAUCGCCAAAUCAACGAUAUAAUUAAACCCCAAAAUGUCAACCCUGAGGAUUUUGAAGAAGAAUACUUAACUAACGAAGUAGAAGAAAAUAUUUUAUCGAAAGAAAUGGAUGCAAUAACAGAAGAAGAAAAAACUGAAAUUGAGUCAGGAAUUGAAGAAGUUAUAAUUGAAACACAAUAUUGUACAGAUGAAAAUAUAUUCAUAGAUACUGAAAUCGAGCAGAUAGAUCCUAUCUAUGUUGACAGUACAGAUUUUGAAGUGAAGAUAAAUAAUGGUUCAAAAAAUAUUAAAAAUAUAAAAACCAAUGCAAUGAAUAUUAAAGAUAAAAAGAUAAACAGUUCAAAAAUUCCAGACUCUGAUAAUUUAAAGGAAUUUGAUCUUUUAAAACCAUUAGUUGAUCCUACAGAAUAUACUAAGUAUGGACAUUCUGGUGGAAAGGAAAAAAUUACCGAGUGCAAGCAACCUUGUGCUUCAGAGAGUGAUCCUGAUCCUCCAAAACCAGAAAAAUCAUUAGACCUAGGUACUCCGAAAAAAGUAAUGAAAUACCUCUACUCACCAUUAGAAGUAUCACCACAAGUACAGCUAGAUGUACCUGUUGAAGAUGAAAAUGAUCUUGGACUUAGUAGAAUGACAGAUCAAUUAGAUGAAGAUUUUGAGACUUCGUUCACAGACGACAAUGUCCAAACAAUAUAUGUCCAUACAAUGUCUGAUAUCGAUGAGGCAAUGUCUUUGUAUGAUGAUAAUGCUGACAAUUAUUUAGAUAAUACUGUUCAAAUCAUUCCUGUAGCUAAUGAGAAUGAUGAUUCCGAUUCAAACAUUGAUUAUGAUAUAGUCUCUGUGCAUUCUUUUAUUUAAGAUUUAAAAUGAUGAAAAUUCUAUUAAUCAGGUAUAGACUUAACAUUAAUAUUACUUAUACAAUAAUUUGUACUACAAAAAUAUAUUUAAAGUUCAAUUUUUAAAUAGGUAUUAUGAUAAAAUUAAAAAUAAUAUAUAAUUACUAGGGCC